AAGAAAACCAGCAUCAUGACCGGACGAGGCAAAGGAGGAAAGGGGCUCGGAAAGGGUGGCGCAAAGCGUCAUCGCAAGGUGUUGCGUGAUAACAUCCAGGGUAUCACCAAGCCUGCCAUCCGUCGUCUUGCUCGCCGUGGAGGUGUCAAGCGUAUCUCUGGUCUCAUCUACGAAGAAACCCGUGGUGUCCUCAAGGUGUUCCUCGAGAACGUGAUCCGUGACGCCGUCACCUACACCGAGCACGCCAAGAGGAAGACCGUCACCGCCAUGGACGUCGUCUACGCUCUCAAGCGCCAGGGACGUACCCUCCCCACAAACUUACAUGUCGAUAAAGGAAAGUCCCAUACAAACAAUCAAUCAAUCCCCAAAAUGGCACGUACCAAGCAGACUGCCCGCAAGUCUACUGGAGGCAAAGCCCCCCGCAAGCAGUUGGCCACCAAGGCAGCUCGCAAGUCUGCCCCUGCUACAGGAGGUGUCAAGAAGCCCCAUCGUUACAGGCCCGGAACUGUCGCCCUUCGUGAGAUCCGUCGUUACCAGAAGAGCACUGAGCUCCUGAUCCGCAAGCUGCCCUUCCAGCGCCUGGUCCGUGAGAUUGCCCAGGACUUCAAGACUGAUCUCCGCUUCCAGUCCUCUGCUGUCAUGGCUCUGCAGGAGGCUUCCGAGGCUUACCUGGUUGGCCUGUUCGAGGACACCAACCUGUGUGCCAUCCAUGCCAAGAGAGUUACCAUCAUGCCCAAGGAUAUCCAGCUUGCUCGUCGUAUUCGCGGAGAGCGUGCCUAAGUUUUUGGUUGCUAGUUUGCUUGUCUCGUUGCAUACCAAAAUCGA